AUGGCAAGUGAAGACAGUUCAAUUCUUAGCUUGGUCGUUGAGAAAUCAGAAGUUGUUCUUGUGAAACCCUCAAAGCCAACACCUGAUGUCUCUCUGUCUCUCUCCACCAUCGACAACAAUCCUCGCUUAGAAGCUAUCAUUAAAACCAUAUGCGUCUACGCCCCUAAACCCUACCUUGAAGAUGAAGCCAACCACGAUCCGGCUUCUGUUCUCCAAGAUGCCCUCUCUGAUGCCCUUUUCUACUACUACCCUCUUGCCGGAAAACUUCACCGGAAAUCCGACAACAACAGACUUCAGCUAAACUGCACUGCCGGAGAUGGAGUCCCUUUUAUAAAGGCAACCACCAAGUGCACGCUCGCUUCUAUCAAUUACUUGGACACUGCUGGGGACACAGCUUACCAGCUCGUGCCUUGUUACGACCCUGUGAAGGGUGGUCAAGGAUAUGACCCUCUGGCUCUACAAGUCACUAAGUUUGCUUGUGGGGGAAUCACUAUUGGAAUGGCUCACUCUCACUCCGUCUGCGAUGGUGUUGGAGUGGCUCAGUUUUUCCGAGCGAUGAUCGAGCUUGCCUCCGGGAAAACACAACCCACCGUCAUCCCCGUAUGGGACAGAGAGAGGCUCACCUUUAACGGAGAACUAGGAGACGUCGUUGAUUUUCGGAACGGUGUCUCUUCUUACCCGUGUACUAACCACGUCAUGGUCCGUGAGAUCAUGAACAUUACCUCCGAAGAUAUUUUGAAACUCAAGAAGACAUUUGUAGAGGACGAGCAAAUUUCAAAUGACAAUGAGAAGAAGGUGGUGGUCACGACUUUUGAGAUUCUUGCAGCCCAUCUUUGGAGAGCACGGAGCCGAGCCCUGAAUCUGAGUCCAGAUGAGAUUAUGGUUAUGUUGUUUGCCAUUGGUAUUCGCGGCAUUAUGGAGCCGCCAUUACCACAAGGCUACUACGGCAAUGCCGUUCUCGACGGCCGAGUGGCAUUGCCAGCUAGCGAGCUGAGGGACUCGUCAUUGUCUCAUUUGGUGAGCCUCAUUAAAGACACGAAGAGAGCAGCGCUAGAAAAGCGGUACGUGUUGGGGCAACUUAGGGGGAUUGAGAGAAGAUUAAAGGUGGUGCCAUCGUCUGACAGAAUCGCCAUGAACUUCAUGACACUCUCGGAUUGGAGGCAAAUCGGUCUGCAUUACGAUGGUUGGGGAGGUUUAGUGAACAUAAUACCUUUACUUCUGAUGACACUGCCACAUCUUUGGAAUUUAUUGCCGGUGUCAAAGGCAGUUCCAGAGAUGAGCGGUGGCGUUCGGGUGAUGGUAACGCUUCCUAAGGACGCGAUGGCUAAAUUCAAGGAAGAGAUGAAUGCUAUCUAA